AUGGCAUCAAUGGAAAAACAACUCGAAUCAUUAACUGAAUUAGUUAAAGAAUUAACAAAUCCAACAAAAUCAAAAACUGUAUUAGAUUUUUAUAAUAAAUCUUUACAUCAACAAUUACAUGAAUUAAAAAUUAAGACUCAUACAUUACGUAAUGAUUUAUUCUCAAUACGACGUAUGCAACAAUCAUUACAAGAGAAUUUUAAAAACGAACUUGAACAAGCAAGCAAAAAAAUUCAAGAACGAGUUGUACGAUUAAGUCAAAAUGAAAAAAUCCGUCAAAUUGAAAAUGAAUUCGAUUUAUAUGUUAAGAAUCGUACCAAAAUCGAUCAAGAUCUUGAAGAUUUAGAAAUAACAGUUGAAGAAUUUCAACAUGAUAUCAAAUUCAAACAAUGUUAUGCAACAAUAAAUGACGUCGAAACUUUUGCAUUAGUACUUAGUACAAUAAGUCGUUCAUUAGUCGAUUUAAAAACUACUUUUCCUGUAUUACGUGAAAAGCUUUCUAUGGGUAGUCAACAAUCAAUAAUAAAAUUUUUACAUGAUGAACCAGAACGUCUUGAUUAUACAAUUAAAAAAUGUAAACGUUUGACAACAAUGCUUUAUCAACUAAAACAAUUAGCAAGUAAUCAAGAACAUAAAUCAUCAAGAAAAUUUUCAUUGAAAAUAAAUGAAAAAUUAGUUGAUCGAAAACGUUUAUUAGAAGAAAUUCAAACGGUUACAUUAAAUUCUGAAGGAAGAAUUAAAGCUAUUGAAAAAGCAGAAAAAUUACGACAAUGUCGUUUACAUUAUGAAAAUCAAUUAGAAAAUCUUAAACAAAUGAAAUCUACUUGUGAUCAAAUUAAUGGAUACUUCGAUAAUCGAAGUUUGACAAAUUCUUUAAGUACUCGAACAAGUAUAUGUUCAACUGAUUCGAACAAUUGUUCAUCUCCUUCAUCAUCAUAUGUUCUUCGUCAAGCAUUAAUAACUUCACCAAUAACAAAUGAUUCUAAGACUCAUUUACAAUCAUCUAUAAAACCAACAUCAAAAGUAACAUUUUCUCAACAAUUAAUAACAAAUGAUAAAUCUUUAUUCAUAAAUAAAAAACCUAAACCAAAUCCUCCACCACGUAUUCAAAAUACACCAUCAUCAUCAAUUAUAUCAACUGCAUCAUCAAGUUCAUCAUCAUCGACAAGUGGAAAUUCACGUUUUUGUGGUAUUAUACCAUUAUUAUCAGUAGAUCGUCGUCUUAAUGGACGAUGUUAUUCAUUUUCAUCAUCAAGUACUGAUACAGAUUCAAAUAUAUCAAAUUCUCAUAAACCAACAAAAUUAAUUAAUACAAUAUCUCAUCAGACAACAUUAAUGCGUGCUUCUGUUACUGAUUUGUAUUUGAAUAAGGAUUAUAAUCGCAUACUUGAAAAACAACCACGAAAUCCUAUCGGCCUAUCGAAAUUCGGCGUACAAGAUAAUUUAGAACAGCAUCCUCUUGUUGGCACACUUUCGAUUCCUGAUCCUGUACGUUUUUCUCCAUUGCAAAAACAAACUCCGGACUCUUCUAAUGAAUCAUCACAUUCUCAAUUAGAUCAGACACCAAUACAGUCUCUUCAACCAACAAAUCUCUCACCUGUAAUCGAUAAUCAAAUACAACAGGAACAAUCUCCACCAGAAAAACAAUUAAUUAUCCGAAAUCCUUCAUACUUUUUACAAUCUAAUUUUCAAAUGUAUAAUCAAAAAAUGAAUAAUGAUGCUCAUGUAAUAGCUCGUUCUGUUAUUAAUUUCAACAAUCAUCAACGACUCAAUAAAUAUCAAUUAUCACCACUUCGACCUAAUCGUACGAUAAUUGAAUAUAAUGGGAAACAAUUUCUAACAGAAUUAAGAGAACGUAUGGAACAACGUUUUGUAGAAAUUUUUGAUGAAUAUACAGGUCAAAUGAGACUAUUUGAAGUUACAGAUUAUAUACCAACUAGAAUAAUACGAUCAAUAACGGGUAAACCUCAAUCUCAAAUACAAAGAAAAGCCCUAUUCAAUCGUGUACCUCCAAGAGUUCCUUUAAACCAAAAUUCUAGACGUCUUCCUAUGGCAAGUGAUCGAAAACAAGCACCACCACCAUCGAAUCUCGUUGAUUUCAAAGAUUUAAAUAACCGUAAAACUCUCGCACGUGAAUUUGAUCAAUACCAUAGUGGUGCUGGAUUACCAGUCAAUAAUAAUAAUAACACUAAUAGUGCACCUCCUCGAAUUUCAUCUCAAAGACACGCAACAAAAUAUGAUCCAAGGAAUUCAAGUUCUUCUUCUUCUUCUUCUUCUUCAGACAAUUCUCAACCUAAUGCAACAAAUUCGUUUCCAACAUCUUCACGAAAUGUACCUGGUGAAUAUUCUUCUGGAUCAUCUCGUUCACAAGCACCGUCAUUCCAUCCACAUAGUCCAACUGCUGAUAGUUAUAGUAUAAACUCAUCUGAUACUAAUUCUAGCACUUCAUAUGAUGAUUCAGACAGUGAAGCCAUUGAUCGAACAUUACCAUCAUAUAAUAGAAAUGCUCAAAGUAAUCGAAAUAAUACAAACACUUCUUAUGGAACGACUAGUGGAUAUAAUUCACCAACACAAUUUGAUCCAUUUGCAAGAACAGUGAGUACAGGUGAUCAUCAUUAUGCAAAACGACCCGGUGUUAACAAUUAUUCACAACCGAUAAUAAAUAAUCGAGGAUUUCAACAAAGUACUGCUUCUGAUUACGCACCUAUUCCAACGGGUCAUAAGCAAUCGAAUCGAAAUCAAUAUUCUCCUGGAGAUUCGGAUGCCUAUGAUGGUUAA